AUGCGGCAAAGAGAAAGCUUUCGCAUUACUACGCGACCUACGGAUCCGCCUCUAUCAAAGGCUCUAUCAUCCGUGUAUACUCAGGAUGAGCUUGCCCUAAUAUGCGGUAUAGAGGAGACUCAAGAAGCAUUAGCCCCUGAACAGGAUAAGCUUACGCAAUAUCUUGAGAGCGCACUUGCACGUCUUGCACGGGAUAUUCUCUCAAUUCCCGCAACUGGUGCGGGAGUUGAACGACUCUUUUACACUGCUCGGGAUAUCUGUCAUUAUCGUCGAGGUUCGCUCAAGCCUGAAACAAUCAGGGAUCUCAUGAUGUUCGUGUGUACAUCAAAGUUUGAUAUCGAGGACGAUCAACGUAUGUUGAUUAAUGAGUAUCUCUCCCAUCAAGAGAAACAGGCAGCGAAAGAGGAAAAGGACAUAAAGGAGAAUAAUUUUGAUCCAAUCAGUGACGACGAAGAGGAUCCGGCAUCAAUUCUAUCGCAGCCUCCUGUUCAGCUUCUAAGUGAGAAAGCGCUCGGUAAACGGCGAAGGAGUGAUACAUCUGAGCCGGACGAGGAUGAGAACAACGAUGAUGAUGCUGAAGUUCCCUUACCUGAUACACAACACCGGGUAUCAGGGAGGGUCCGAAAGCGCUCAAAGCGUCUUGAUGGAUACGAGCUGGGUCCGGUGUAG